AGCAAUACACCCUUUUUCGUUUUCCCUUCCUUCAUUCGAAAUCUGUCAACUCUUUCUCUACUCUGACUCUGAGUCCGAAGAAACCGACUCUAAUGGACCCUCAUCCCACUCCCUUUCCAGGCAAAAAUCAGCCCCUCAAACCCAAUCCACACCGGAAAACCACCGGACCUUCAAAACCCGCCUCCCGAGAACACGUAACUUACAGGCAAAAGCGAGUCUUCGGAACCGUUCGAAAUGCCAACAUUCCGACGAGAACCGUCUCCGAAAAGCCGGCGGUCGCAAAACCCUCAAAUGCGGGUCCUCGGAAGCAGCCCCAAAGGACACGGCCUGCUCGAGUUCCGGUAGCGACUGAAGCUGCAAAAAAGGGGAAUUAUCCUGAAAACCUGAAACCCGAGUCGGACCAAAAAAGCGUGUCGCUUCAAGAAGAAGUCGGGAAAGAGACUCCGAUCGAAAAGCUUCGGACUCCGGUGAUGACAGCGUCGCCUUCUUUAAGCCAGCGCAAAAUCGCCGUAGGCUCUCCGUACCAAAGCGCCAAGAUCUGUAGCAAAUGCCGAUUCGAUAAGCUCGAAACCUCGGCGUACUGGCUGGCUCAGAUCAAGCUGUCGGAGUCAGUUGGGAAGCACUUUGUGUCGGCUGCGUUCUUUAGACUUGCCUUCGAAUCCAAGGCCGAGGUGAACAUUUUGCAAUUGAAACUGGAUAUUCCCAAUCGAAACCUCCGUAUCGAACUGAAGAAGUAUUUGGUGCGAAACGGGCACUUAGCCGGACAAACGGAGUGGAAGGGGGUGUGUGUUCGCUAUGGAGUGUUAAAGGAAGAGAAGGAAACAGAAUGCUUUGAUUCAGCAAUUAUGAAAUCGGACGUAGAACAUCAUGCCUUUUGUCAAACUGAAGAGAUUGAAAGCAUGUAAAGAUUAGGAGAAGGGGGGGGAAAUUAUGCUUAUAUGUACAAGUUUUUUGCCUUAUUUGAAAGUUGUUUUAUAUUCAAGUGUUGUACCCAAGUAAUUUGUUUCUGUCUAGUUUGCAAAUUUUUAUAAUCGAUAAAUGGAUACCUGUGAAUGCUAAGUGCCUUUUCAAUUUGUGU